GCGGCCGCGCCUGCGCAGGUGGCGGCUCGCGGCGCCGCCCGGAAGCCGCUGCCGCCGCGGGUCUCUCUGCCGGGGCCCCCGCGUCGGGGCGCGCGGUCUGCUCUCCCGGCGGCGGCGGGAUGUUCACGGCGGCGGCGGGGAGCCUGCUCCGCCAGGCCAGGGAGGUCCGGAGCGAGGAGCUGGGGGCGCUCUGUGCCCGGGCCUGUGCGCUGCUGUCGCGGGAGGACUGGGGGCCUGACGCCCUGCACGCCCUGCGGAGGCUCUUCCUCGUCGCCUCGGCCACAAAGUACAACAGGAGGCUGGAGGAGCCCUGCGUGGCGCUGCUGCAGGCCGCCCUGUGCUCGCCCGCCUGCCCCGAGCCGCUCCAGCUCCUGUGCGCCGCCAUCCUGAGGGAGCUGUCGCCCUCCGACAGCCUGAGCCUGUCCUGCGACCACGUCCAGGACACGCGGCAGCUGGGCCUGGUGGCCUCUGUGCUCCUGGCGCAGGGUGACCAGCGGCAGGUGAGGCGCGUGGGCCAGCGCGUCCUCAAGGUCCUGGAGAGCCGGCAGCCCGAGGGGCCCAGCCCGAGGCACCUCCUCCCGGUCGUGUCCAAGGUCGUCAGCCUGGCCCCGGAUGCCCUCCAUGAAGAGCAGAGCAAGGCGCUCAGCAAGCGGCUGGGGGACUGGCUGCGCUACGCCAGCACCCAGCAGGGCGUCGCCCGCUCCUCUGGAGGCUUCUUCUCCACGCCCAGGGCCCGGCAGCCGGGCCCUGUCACCGAGGUGGACGGGGCGGUGGCCACAGACUUCUUCACGGUGCUGUCCACGGGCCAGUGCUUCACGGAGGACCAGUGGCUGAACGUGCAGGCUUUCUCCAUGCUGCGCGCCUGGCUGCUGCACGGCGGCCCUGCGGGCUCCGGUGGCCCGGGUGCAGACGACAAGUCAGAGCUGGAGGGCUCCACCCUGUCUGUGCUCUCGGCUGCCUCCACCGCCAGCCACCUGUUGCCACCCCAGGAGCAGCUGCGGGAGAAGGCCUUCGAGUACUGCCUGCGCCUCCUCGAGCAGAGUAAUCGGCGAGCCCUGAGGAAGGCGGACUCUGACCUGCAGAAAGCAUGCCUGGUGGAGGCCGUGCUGGUGCUGGAUGUGAUCUGCCAGCAGGACCCCUCCUUCCUGUACCGCACCCUCUCCUGCCUGAAGGCCCUGCACAGCCGGCUGUGUGGGGACCCCGCCUGCGUGCGGGCGCUGCUGCCCGUCGCCCAGUUCUUCCUGCACCAUGGGGAGGCCGCCGCAGUGGACGCGGAUGCUGUGUACCAGCACCUCUUCAGCAGGGUCCCCUCUGAACAUUUCCACAGUCCAGUGCUGGCCUUCGAGUUUGUCCAGUUCUGCAGGGACAGCCUCCCCCUGUUCGGUAGAAACCUUGGCAUCCUCAGGAUGAGCUUCCCCAACCUCUUCAAGUUCCUGGCCUGGAACAGCCCGCCCCUCUGCUCCGAGUUUGUGGCGCUCCUCCCAUCGCUGGUCGAGGCAGGCACCGCCGUGGAGAUGCUCCACCUGCUGCUGGACCUGCCUUGUCUGACGGCGGCCUUGGACCUGCAGCUCAGGUCGUCGCAGGCUGCAUCCGCGAGGCCGCUCUGGGAUGUCUCCGUCCGGGCCCCUGGCUGCCUGGAGGCCUUCCGGGACCCGCAGGCCCAGGGUCUCUUCCAGCACCUGCUCCGUGCCAAGGCCAGCGGGACCGCAGAGAGGUUGACGCCACUGCACCAGCUGCUGCAGCCCCUGGCCAGCUGUGCCCGGGUGGUCCAGUGCGCCGAGGCUGUGCCCACCCUGCUCCGGGCCUUCUUCUCGGCAGUGCCGCAGGUUGCCAACAAGGCCCUGGCCAGCCAGCUGGCACGGCUGCUCCUGGAGAGAAGCGACUCACUUUACCAGGUGCCGGGGUACAAAGCCCACGUGCACAGGGUGCUGAGCUCCCAAUUCCUGGCCCUGUGCAAGCUGCACCCUCCGCUGGUGGUCGAGCAGGCAAAGGAGCUGCUAGAGUUCGUGGGUGGCCUGGGUGGCUCCCAUAGCAACAGACACGUGCUCACAGCUGUGGUGUGGGCCAUCGGCGAGUACCUGUCCGUGUCCUGGGACCGGCGGUGCACCGUGGAGCAGAUCAACAAGUUCUUCGAAGCCCUGGAGGCCCUGCUCUUCGAGGUCACGCAGUCUCGGCCCUCUGCUGCCCUUCCCAAGUGCCCUCCUCAGGUCAUUGCUGUGCUCAUGACCACGCUGACCAAGCUGGCCUCCAGGAGCCAAGACCUGAUCCCCAGGGUCUCCCUGCUCCUGUCAAAGAUGAGGACUCUUGCCCAGAGCCCAGCCACAGGCUCCAUGCACGGGGAGGAUGCGGGAGCCAUCUGCACGCGUGCCACCGAGCUGCUGAACCUGCUGAAGAUGCCCAGCGUGGCCCAGUUCGUGCUCACGCCAAGCGUGGAGGUGUCCGAGCCCCGCUACCACCGCGACACCAACACGGCCCUGCCACUGGCCCUGCGCACGGUCAGCCAGCUGGUGGAGAGGGAGGCGGGCCUCCUGCCAGGGUGAAGGGACAGGGCCCAGGUGGAUGCCGGGCUGGCUGCCGACUGAGAGCCUGAUGUUACCAGCCACGUCCUCCGUGGUUGGGAGCUGUCACCGUCCCAGCCUUUGGUCUCUGUCUUUUCCUAGUCCCUUGCUCUCAUGACGACGCUGAGCUGUGUGGUAACAGCACUGAUUCUCCGCUUCAGCCCCUCCUGGGACUGGGUGGGAGCUGGUUGCUCAGUGUCCUGCUGGUCCUUGUUUGGAGGCAAGAGGAGCCGUAGCAGAAAUAAACCUUUACACAACGCCCGUGUGAGCGAGGCCGGGUGUGUCCGCC